CGUCAUUUCCGGUAAACACGAAUUGAAAUUUGGCGCACCUGGUUCGAAUUUUCAGUUCAGAAAUAUGAAGUGACAUGUUCAAAUUUGAUCUGUAAACAGAACAAGAUGGCUUCAUUUGUUGCAGAAGUCUUGUCUUCAGCAGCCCAGCUGGAGAAAGAAGAAAUUUUGGGCAAACUGAGCACUCUUGCUAAAAAGACGGAUGAAAUGAAGGCUGAGAUCCAAGACCUUGUGACAAGGAAGUAUAAGGACUUUGAUCCUUGCUAUGGAGAAUCUUCUCAGCUUGGUGAGAGGGUAGAAGGGCUCUCAGAAGAAAUGUCUUGUGUCACAGAGAAGAUUGAAUCGGAGAUUCGAGGGCAGUUAAACAUGUCAACGGGAGAGUUUCAGAGCCUGACCAGAGAGCUACAGGAGAUGACAUCAGUGAUGACUGUCCUGGAGAGGCUGGCCAAGUUCCAGGACCUGUUGGAGAACCGAGAGACGGCCUUGAGGGAGAAGAAGUACUCGGAGGCUGCCAGCUGUCUGGACACUGUGUAUAGUCUGCUGCAGCAGACGGUGCAUGACCGACAGGGAGAGAUGACCAUCAUGGCGAGUCUCCGGACCGAGUGCGAAGUCCAGAAACAGAAGUUCAUCUUUGAUCUGGGGGAUGUGUGGAAGGAGCAUAUCUUCUGGACCACAUCCGACACCAGUGAAGGAGGACAGUGGGAGUUGAAACUGUUGACAGGUGGAGCUGAAGCUGAGGUGGUGCAGGAGAUGGUGGUUGCCAUGGCAAUGCUGCAGGUUCUUCAACUCAAGAUGAAAAGUUUUGGUGAAAAACUGUUGAGUUGUUUCAUCAAACCUCUUGUCUUGAAUGAGGAAGUAAUCAUUGACACCAAGUCAGUUUCCCAAACACACAUUCUGUGGGUGUCUGUGGCUUCCAGUAAAAAGGUCACUGAUAGUUAUGUAACUGUCCUGGACAACAUUUUCAGUAUGCUGAAUUAUCUCCAUAUCAAAUUCUUGAAGUUCCCAAUAGCCCCCAACUCGUCUGUGACCCUGAUGGAACUGCUGGGCACGGAGAUCUCCAGCCAGGCAGUGGAUGUCAUUGUGAAGGAGUGCCUCUCUCGUGCUAUACCCACCAACAGGAAAGACCUGGAACACUUCCAGGAAGUCGUGGCCAGGACUGAGCUGUUUCAGAAGCAGCUCCUUGACUUGGGUUUCAUCAAGUCGGACAACUCCAUGCUGACAGACUAUGUCCGGAAUGUGGAUGUUUUAUUUGCCAACAAGAAAUGUCAGGAGAUUCUGGAACAGGCUCGACAGAUGAUGACAUCUGAAAUACACAACACCACGGUCAUAUCUGAUGACCAGCCGCUAGGGGAGGUAACUCAGCUGGACUCGGGGCCAUCCAGUAAAAAGACAAGGAAGGUAGAGAUCAGCUCUGAGGUGCCUCUCAGUGGUAACACAUUCAAGAUGCCAACUUGUCACAUUAGCUCCUCAGUAAACUGCCUGAUGAACCUUGCUUACGAAACCCUCCACGAGGCCACAGAGAGCUCCCCUCAGUGUGCUAUCCAGAUGUUUUAUGCUGUGAGGAACAUCUUUGAGCUGUACUGUGGCGUGUUCCCCACCUACCACAGGCAGAGUCUCUCCACACUCCCUCAACUCACAGCUUUGCACCACAACAACUGUAUGUUCAUCGCCCACCACUUGAUGACACUAGGACAUCAGUUCAGCAAGAAGUUGCCCUCAACACUCAAUGCCACAUUUGUCGAUCUGAUCUAUAAAAUUAAGAAAAUCGGCACAGAAAGCUUCCAGGAGCAGCUCAACACACAGAAGAGCCAGAUCUCCGAGUCACUGAAGGGGUCGAAUGGUUUCAGCGGUGUGUCGGAAGACGAACAAUACUUUGCUGCAGAGCGGUCCAUUAAGCAGUGCCUCCAUCAGCUGACUCAUCUACAGAAUGUGUGGCAGGAAGUAUUGCCAGUCAACAUGUACAGGAAGGCUAUAGGAAUGCUGGUGAACACGAUGGUGUCAGAGCUGACAGAUUACAUCUGUGUCCUUGAGGACAUCUCCUCGGACGACGCCCGCCAUCUCCACAGCCUCCUCUCCGUGGUGCUGGAGAAGGCGGGGCCUCUCUUCAACACCCCCACAGACAAGGCGGACAACAUGGAUGUGGAGCUGCAGAGGAACGUGUCCAAGUGGCGCAAGUUCAAGGAGCUCCACCUUGUGCUGAAUGCCAGUCUGCAGAAGAUCAGUGAUCGGUGGGCGGAGAAGAAAGGGCCCCUGGCUCUGGAUUUCUCCGCUAAUGAGAUUAAGCAACUCAUAAGGGCCUUAUUCCAGAACACUGACAGAAGAGCUGCUGUACUUUCCAAAAUUAGAUAAUACAUUAAUGAGAUUAUGACAAGGUUAACGUUGGUUUGAAAAUAAAAUCUGAAUCUACUGAGAAAGUUUGCUUUGUUUCUGUUGAUGUGUAAUAUAUGUGCAAUAUGUGGCAAAUAUAUUGCUGCUCAUGUCACUGAAAAUAAGUAUUGAACUUGGAAUAUAAUGUUCAAUAAGUAAGGUGUUAUUGUUAUUGAAAAGCUUAUACUCUUGUUUUCUGGUAACAAAUAUAUGUAUAUAAAAAUGUGUAAAGAAAAUAUAUUUGUCUGAAAUCAGUUUUCGGAAUGAUUAAAUGAUUUAAAACAUCUGCACUAUUUGUACAUUUCAAAUGUUUCUUAUUCUACCAUUGGAUAUUAUUGAUUUUGUCAGUCAGACAUGUUCAUUGUAAGAAUCUUUGACCUUCACAGGAGCCUGUUACUUUUGGGACAAAUCCAGAAUCUAAUAAUUAUUUCUUGUAAACAUUAUGUUAACAACUUCCUCUGUUAAUACUGAAAUUUACUGAAAAUGAUGACAAAAGGAAGUCUCAGAGUCCUUGGCAUAGACUGCCCCAGUGCGAGGUGUGGGUUACCAUGGAAACAUGCUGGAAAUUUACCAAAGGCCAUUUGUCCUGGAGCAAUGGUUACUGUUUCAACUUUGAAUGCUUGAGGCAGUACAGAAACUGUGAAGUGUGAACACAAUGCCAUUUAGAAAGUGGUCAAAUGUAACAAAUGUUAUAUUUGGGAUAACACUUUCUUAGUAAAGUUCAGAUUCUUGUAAUUCUGUUGAAACUGUUAGACUCUACAUUGUACCGUUCGUUACAAGACGAGUGAAAAUGUGUAAGGAAACAAACUACUAGUCUGAAAUGAGCCCUGGACUAAUUUGGUGUUUGACCCUGAAGUGUGGAUAUUUUCUUUACUGUGAUUUACCUCUUUAAUGAAGCUGUGAACUGAUGCAUGUUUUAAUUGAUCAUUACAGCAGUGCACUGGAUUCCUAGUAGACUAACAUCUAGUCUCUGAAAUGAACAUUUUGACAGAAAAACAACAGUUGUUCAAAUGUAAUAAAAAAGGAGCCCAGAGAAUCUGUUCAUUUUCAGAAUACAGUAAUCUAGACUUGCCAAACAUUAUAGACUUGCAUGGGCUGUUUUUGAUAUAUUUGUAUCAGGGUCUGUUACACAGACUAGAUCCCCGCUGACCAUACUUAACAAUAGGAUGUAAGGAUUUAUUGAGCUCUGAAUCAGUAUUUCAUGUAUACGAACUGAGACAAGUGUAUAUUAGGGUGGCAUGUAAAAUUACAUAAACCUUAUUGUAAAGGUAUUUCCUGCAGGUAUUUACAAGAGUUCUCAAGCCACUGUUUGUUGGUUGACUUGAAUGCACUGAUUUUGUUUUGAGUGGGCUUCCAUCCAUUCCCUUUGCUGUCAGUGUCCAGGUAUUGUAUCUUGAUGAAGUGCAGUGUUAUGGCCCUACCAUACAAUCCACAUAGUUUGAAGAUAUGGGAUAUGAAUGUUUUGCUGCAGCUUUCAACAUCUCAAGUAUACAAUAACAUGUCAGCAGCAAAAUUGAUUUACUUAACUCAUUGAGUCUUGACACUAAAGAAGUAAUAAAAAAGGUAAUUGUUUUGUCAUUGUAUUCAACGUCCUCUUGAACUAAUGAUAAAAUCUAGAAAGUAAAAAUUACACCUGCUGAAGAUUGACAUGUUACAUUCAAUGCUCUUUUUGGCACAGUUGGCCCAGUUGUCUUAGGAACCGCAAUUUGCUGUACAGAGUUAUGUCCCUUGUGCACGUCAUAAAGCAAGCUCCUUCCCAGCGCGUGACACCUUCGUUACACUCCCGGUAUAGAGAGCUCCGCGAACGGGAUAUCCCUGUGAAGGAGGUUUUAAUCAUGGUUUGCCACAGUUAUAUUUGUAGACCUGCAUCACUUUGGGCUUUCCUAUCACAUUGAGCUGAUACCCCAGUGUGAGGAAAGCCUGAAGUGAUGCAGGUCUCGGACGUUUACCCCUUCGGUGAAACCCACGAGCACAGGUAUUGCGCUGACAAACCUGGCCCCGGUUAGUGUUUCUUCCGAAGUUUGUGUUACUCAAAUCACCACCAUCAAAAUGUGUUUUGGGGUUAGAAAAAGGUAACCUGAAAUGUUUCAAAGAACAAGUAAUCAAUUUUUUGUUUACUCUUCUGAAAUGUUGAAAUGGAGCCAACAAAGGAUUGAAACCAGGCAACUUUCUCUUAGAAGUUAUACUUAGAAAUUUCUUUUGUAGGUUGAAAAAACUAAAACAUUCAUAUUUUCAAUAUAUUUUAUGUGGUUACAAGGAAGAGGUUCGUGGAAUACUAACACAUGGUGAUGGCAUGUAUUCACAUGCUUGAUUUACAUAUCCUGACGUGUUAUGGAGAACAUCUUACAUUGCUGUUACAGUUUCCCAAAACAAUGCAAUGAAAUAAAGUUUUCUUGAUUGAA